CUUCUCUUCUCUCAUCCUAAAACGUGCAUCCCGAUUAGGAAUCGGAAGCUGCGCCGCAUGCAGGUCAUCUUCCCCCUAAGAAUUUCAUUUGCGCAACUAGUUCCAUUGUUGCUUCCAUUCAUUCAUUCAUUCACUUAUUCAUUGACUAAUUAUAUAAAGAUACUUAUCUCUUGUAAUUGUUAUAAAAAUAGUUUACUAUUGAAAUCUCUAGUGUAUCAAUUAACUUUUUUAAAGAAUUGAUUUAUUUGUAUACUAACUAGAAUUAGAAUAUAUCAAAUUGAGAUCGUGUGGGGGAAAUGUCACUUAGCAAUCCAAAUCUUGAAGGAUACUCAAUUGUUCGAGAAUUUUGGUUAAAAUACUAUAAUCCUUCGAAACAAACAUUUAUUGCUCCUAAAAAAUGUAGUGGAUGUUAUAAUGAUGAUAGAUUUGUAAUUUGGGCAGUAUCAGUUGCUGCACAAGCUGUAGUUGAUGGAGCUAGAAUUUAUCCUGAAUUAAGACCUUUAAUUCCUAAUGCUAUUCGUAUUUUUCAAAAAUAUAAGAAUCAACAUAUUAAGGGAUAUUCAGCUGCUGAAAAUUCUGGUAAUGAUAGAGAUAUUUAUUAUGAUGAUGAUGCUCAAGUUGCUAGUGCCUUUGUUACAGCUUAUGAAGUUACUGGUGAAAAAUAUUAUUUAGAUCAAGGUCGUGAAUUGGUAAGAUUUCUUAUGGGAGGUUGGAAUGAUAAUCCAAAUGCUAAGACUAAAGGAGGAGUUAGUUGGCAUGUAACUAAUCAUUAUUUGAAUGCUUGUACUACUGCUGAAGUUGCUAAAGUUUGUUUACAAAUUUCAAAAUUUUUACCUCAAGAAGCUCAUUAUUAUGUUGAAUUUGCUGCUAAAUGUGUUGAUUGGUUAAUUGCAGUUUUACAAGAUCCAGGUGAUAAAUUAAUUAAGGAUGGAGUUCAAGAUACUUCUACUAAUAUUAAUGAUACUAAAUGGACUUAUAAUUUAGGUACUACAUUAUCAGCUUCUUCUCAUUUAUAUUUUAUUACAAAAGAUAAGAAAUGGAAAAAAAUUGCUGAUGAAUUAGCUAAUGCUGGUAUAAAUCGUGGAGUAUUCUUUUAUGAUCGUGAUUAUGAUAAUUCAAAAAGAUAUUGGAGAGAUUCAUCAUAUUUUGUUCAAUUAUUAAUUGAAGGACUUGCUGAUUAUUUAUUAUAUGUUGGUGAAGAAGAUAAUGGAGAUUUACCUCAAAGAAUUCAUGAAGAAAUUAAAAGACAUUUAGUUAUGUUUUAUGAAUUUAUGAGAGAUCCUAAGGAUGGAUUAUAUAUUCAAAGUUUUGAACCUCAUUUAACUUAUAAAGAAGUUUAUGAAACUAAAUAUAAAGCACAAUUUGGUGAUAGAAAAGGUUGGGGAUUAAAAGAUGAAGAUAAAGAUGGUGAUCAACCUCAAAAAUGUUUAAUGGGUUGUGCAGCAGCUGCCAGAGUAUUUUUUCAAGGUGCUAGAGUUGUACCUCAAAUUUAGACCUUAAAAGUAAAGUAAUGAUUUGCUUAUAUUGACCUUAUUGUUUUAUUAUGUUAAU